UAUUAUAUAUACGAUACCAUUAUUAUUAUUAUCAUCGUUACCUAUACACGCGCGUAGCUGAUGACCAUAUGCCGUCUGCCGGCACGCGCUUCCGCGUCAAUGAGUGUUUGGGGCUCGUGCCGUCAACUGCCGUGCCGUCUGCCUAAGUGCCCAAUAAUAAUAAUAAUAGUAAUAACGAUACACAGUGCCGUCGGUGUCCGUCUCCGAUUGUAUUUCGCCCGCGCGUUUUUUCCACACUUUUAUAUUAAAUAAUUUACUUUUGUUUAUAUAUCUACCUGUGGAUUUAUCGUACACAUAUACACACGUGUUCUACUGUCGUGAUUAUAUAUUUACAUGAAUAAUAAAUAUAUACCGCUGACUUGCAUAAUAUAGUAACACACAUACGAGUUAAACACCGCCCGCGACUUUGUCAACAGGUAUAUACAAUAUAGUGACGAAUGGUGGUCGUCGAAUAGACCAGCUAACGAUGGAUAUGGUUCAGUAUCGUCAUCACCAGCAUGAGCAGCAACACCAGCAGCACCACCUGCAGCCAUUCGAAGCGCACCAGGGGCACCAUCUCGCUGUUGGGUCGGCCGACUACGGAUGCGUCGGGCUGGGAAAUUCCGACGGAAAGCGGAUCGAAUCACCGUCGCGGCACGGCGCGUACUGGCAGUGGCAACACUCGUCGGACGGUUCGUCGUCCGAGGGGUUCAAUAACGGGCAGCGAGCGUUCCUCGACGAUUCCGCGGACCGCGGCUGCUGGGACGCCACUGCGAGCUGCGGUAGCUCGCCACCGCCAUCGACCCAUCGACUACCUGCACCGCUGGUCGACGAAUGCUCCUUCACCGGUCAUCUUCAGUUACUGCAGCCACUGACAUCCCGGCACAGCGACCGAUGGAAUCGUUCCUAUUUCAGACAAUCGUCAAAUGACUAUGUAUCGACAAAGCCUAACAGCAAAGAGUCCAUAUCGCCUACAGUGGCAAGAAAGAGGCGUUUAGCGGCUAAUGCGAGGGAACGUCGACGCAUGAAUGGCUUGAAUGAAGCAUUUGAUAGACUCCGUGAAGCUAUACCAACGUCCAUAGAAGACGAACACAAAUUAUCAAAAUAUGAAACGUUACAAAUGGCUCAAAGUUAUAUAUCAGCAUUAUGCAACUUACUGGAUCAAGCUCAUAAAUAAAAUAUAAUUUAUUACUCAA